AUGGCUCCCAAGAUCGAGGCGGCAGAAAUCGAGACCUACUGGAACAUCUUCUCCACUCGGACAGGCGGCGGCAAGUUUCUGACUGGCGAGCAGGCCGCCCCCGUGCUCAAGAACAGCGGACUGCGCGAUGACCAGCUUGAGCGGGUGUGGGACCUGGCGGACGUGGACAACGAUGGCAACCUCGACUUUGAGGAGUUCUGCGUCGCGAUGCGAGUGAUUUUUGACAUUCUCAACGGGGAAUACGCCGACGUACCGACGACGUUACCCGACUGGCUGGUGCCCGAAUCCAAGGCUCAUCUCGUACAAGCGAGCCGAGCGAUCACGGGGAAGCAAGUUCAGUUUGAGCAAGUGGAGGAUGACGACGAAGCCCUCGGGCUCAAGGACGGGUUUGAGUGGUACAUGAAGCCUCAGGACAAGUCCAAAUAUGAACAGAUCUACCAGGAGAACCGGGACAUGCGCGGCGAGGUUGCCUUCAACACUCUUGAUAGUCUCUACGAAUCACUCGACGUCCCCGACACUGAUGUCCGUUCUGCCUGGAAUCUGAUUAACCCCUCCGCCGGAUCGACAAUCAACAAGGACGCAUGCCUUGCCUUUCUGCAUAUUCUCAACUACCGUCACGAGGGCUUCCGCAUUCCCCGCACCGUACCUGCAUCUCUCCGCUCGAGCUUCGAGCGCAACCAGAUCGACUACCAGGUCGAUAACCAGCGAACAGGUGCCAACUCCCGAUGGGCAACAAAGGCCGACGAGACGACGAGCACCGGCCGCAAGGCCAAGUUUGGCGACCAAUACCUGACGCGGUUGGGCCGCAGCGGCUUCAAGUCAGCGGGCACGGACUUUUCAACAGAGAAGACGGAGGAUUGGGAGGAGGUCCGACUGAAGCGCAAGCUCCAGGAGCUAGAGGAUAAGAUGAAGAAGGUGGAGGAGAUUGCGGAGCGUCGAAAAGGAGGCAAGCGCGACUCCAAGCCCGCGCUCGUCAAGAAGGAGUUAGACCAGCUGCUGGAUUACAAGCGGAGAGAACUGAAGGAACUGGAGGAGGGCACAGGCAAGAGCGCCGUGGGCGGGAGCCUAAAGAGCGUAUCGGAAGAUCUCCAGACGGUCCAGGAGCAGGUGGAUGGCCUGGAGGGACACCUGCGGUCGCGGGAGCAGAUCCUGGAACAAAUCCGACGGGAGAUUGAGGAUGAGAGGCGAGGAUAG